AUGGUGUUUUCACAAAAGAAUGGCUCGUCGGCCCUACCUCCCAAUAAUAGGGUAGCAUUAAACAGUCGGUUACGAUAUAACUUGGAUCGAGAUGCUGCAUAUAGGUCGUGCUUUCUUAUUGAUUCGACGAAUGGGGAGAUAAUCGGGCCAGAGUUUUACUCGAGGCCUGUAGGUCCUUCUGAUAGGAUGGUGUUAGAAAGCUUGCAUGGAGAAUGGUUUCCUAUAACCUAUCCUCAUGAAUAUUACGAUAAUCUUCAGAAUGGAAAGUUUGAGACUGUUGCAGUUUGUUAUAGAACAUGUAAUGAGAGUCAAGUAAAUAGUAUCUAUCAAUAUCUAAGCCAUUUUUGGAGACCGCAAGCACCUCAAGACUUUAUAGCAGGACUUGGGGUCCUAUCAUAUAACACAAUUAUACUCGAAGAAGACAUCGUUCGCUUACUCACAUACAAGACAUCCCAGUUUGUCGAUGAGGAUAUAAGGGCCAUAUCAUCAGAGCUCGAGAAGUUUGUAGGAAUGCGGUAUGAGGCUUUGCACUCGCGGCAGAAGCUGGAUUUGAAAAGUAAUAUUGGAUAUAUUGUCACAUUAGGAGUAACUGAGGAAUUCCGAGGUAAAGGCAUUGCCAAGUAUAUUCUUAAUCAUAUAAAACAACAAGCUAUUAGAAGUCGAAAAGCUGUAAACCUCCCCCCCCCCUCCCCUUGUUGUGAUCAUCCUUUCAUCCUCCCGAUCCUGCAGAUGUUGUAUCUACAUGUGGUUGACUACAAUAAGGCGGCCAUCGACAUGUAUAUAAAACAUGGCUUCAGCCUCGCCUAUUCCCUCCCCGUAAGGAACACCUCCCACCCCACCCCCACCCCCACUAUGUUCAUUACUCCACCCAAAGACUUUGUUUUACUUCCCAUUUGCUUACUCCCGAUUUGGAUGCAGAACUACUACCAGAUCUACGAUGAGCCUUAUCCCGCUUUUCUGGCGGUGUGGGAGAGCACUCAAGGCAGUUCUGCGUAUAGGGAGUUCAUAUAUAAGAGCGCUGAGGCAUUCACGGCUCAACGGCGAGCCCAUUUCCGGUUACUUAAUGAGAAAGCCUGA